CUAAAUUAAAGUAACAAUGGCAUUUUUCACGCGCCAAACUGAACAGAGCGCUCGAGCAGCUUACUGUUGCUAUGGUUACUUCCACAGGCUGAAGCGACUUGUGUUCGCGAGCUUUUGUUCAGCGCACUAAUGUAACUUUUUCUGAACGUUGUUAGGAAACGCUGCCGAAACAUAUAUGUAAAAGAACAUGUUUUGAAGAUUUAUUAUACUUAUUUUGACUUCUUUUAGGGGGCUUGACGCCGUAAUUAGUGAGGUCAGACCUUCCAAAACCCCCAUAAUUCGCACCCUGCAGUACAGGUUGUAUAAGUUAAAUUAUAAAUGUUGGGCAGCACUGAGCGCAGCACGAUGGGGAGUCGGUGGGGAGACUGUCCUCCCCGAGCUCUCUCUCAGAGGAGAAUCUAGACGCUCCAUGAUCUCUCAGCAUGCCUGCCUGGACGAACCGGUCCAACUGUUCCUUCAACUGCAGUUGGGAUGAUAACGCGACAUACUGGGGCGUCGAGCACCCGGUCAACAUUUUCCCCAUUCCAGUGCUAACCGGGGUCACCGUCACCUGCGUCCUCUUCUUCUUUGUAGGUGUAACGGGGAAUCUGAUGACCAUUUUGGUUGUGACAAAAUACAAAGACAUGCGAACCACUACAAACCUGUACCUGUCCAGCAUGGCCUUUUCGGAUUUACUCAUUUUUCUCUGCAUGCCUCUGGACUUGUACAGAAUCUGGAAGUACCGACCUUGGAAUUUCGGCAACAUACUUUGUAAACUCUUUCAGUUUGUGAGCGAGUGUUGCACAUACGCGACCAUUCUGAACAUCACUGCUCUCAGUGUGGAGAGAUACUUUGCUAUUUGUUUUCCUCUUAGGGCAAAGAUAGUCGUGACCAAGGGUCGCGUGCGAGGGGUCAUUUUGGUCCUCUGGAUAGUAUCCUUCUUUAGUGCAGGACCUGUAUUUGUGCUCGUCGGGGUUGAGCAUGAAAAUGGGACAAACUCGUGGGAUACUAACGAAUGCAAAGCGACGGAAUAUGCCAUUAGGUCUGGGCUCCUAACCAUCAUGGUUUGGGUCUCCAGCAUCUUUUUCUUCUUGCCGGUGUUCUGCUUAACUGUUUUGUAUACUCUCAUCGGGCGAAAGCUCUGGAAGAGAAAGAGGGAGACGAUUGGAGAAAACGCUACGAGUCGUGAUAAAAACAAUAGACAGACAGUGAAAAUGCUGGCUGUGGUGGUGUUUGCCUUCGUGCUCUGCUGGCUUCCCUUUCAUGUUGGACGCUACCUGAUCUCCAAAUCCACAGAGAUGGGCUCUCCUGUCAUGUCUGUCAUCAGCCAGUACUGUAAUCUCAUCUCCUUUGUACUCUUUUACCUUAGUGCAGCAAUCAACCCUAUUCUGUACAACAUCAUGUCCAAGAAGUACAGGAUGGCAGCUUGCAAACUUUUCGGACUGCGUAAUAACCCACGAAGAAGCACAUCAGUGGCCAAAGGAGAGAGUCCACCGUGCUGGACGGAAUCCACUGCCAGCGUGUGACUGCAUGUGAAAGACUCUCUUUACCAUUAACAAGCCAUUUCAGACCUCAUCUACUGCUGCCAUCAUUUUAUAAGAUGAUAGUCUCUUAAUUAGACAAAAGAUUUAUAUGAAGGUCUCGUUAAUUUUCAGACAGAUCAGGGAGUAUUUUAGAAAGAUGUCAUUAACAGCCAUUUGUCUAUCCAAGCUCAACAUUCCAUUAGAUACUUAGAUGUUUUAUAAAAAUAUGCUUGUAAAUAGAGAUAUAAAAAUGGAGAGAAAAAGAUAACUUCAGUUGCCUUAAAUCUAAAUGAAAUCUGGAUGACAAAAUUAGCACUGUAGAUACAGCAGUAUCCUCAUGCGCCUGAUGACAGGGACUGCGGAGGUGAUGCCGUUCAUUUGCCUCGUGCCUGAAUGCACGUCAUGCUCUUUUAGCAAGUGUUGUCACUUUCUUUUCAUAAGGCUCUGCUCCACACCUUAAGCAAUACACAGAAUCCAAAAGCUUUUGAGAAAAGUUCAUUGAAAACAAAUAGUCAAAACUGCAUUGGUGCAUUUAAGUACUCGAAGAUCAUAAAAGCUUGCAUUUUUGUUCUCAGUGUUUCAUGUGCUAAAUGUAUGAACUAUUGGUACUGAUGUUGAGAAGAGUUUCAUUUAAAGCCACUGCAAUAACCGUUGUGACAGUAUAUUUGUACGUUAACAGGCCCUCUUACAUCCAGUACUAUCUGUUGUGUAAACUGCAUGUGUCUUGUGUUCUAUAAUGAUGUACAGUACAUAAAAUUGCAUAUUUGUACAUUGUAAAAUAUGUAAAUAUACCCAUGUUUAAUUGGAUAUCAGCUGUGUUGGAGGUUUUCUUUUGUGAAUGUUGGUUUUGAUAGUAAGAACAAUGAAAGCUAGAUAGCCAGACAGCCAGCCAGACAGACAGAUAGAUAGAUAGAUAGAUACAGAAAGACAAUUCUGGUCAUUUACAUAACCCCAGAAAUAGACACAGCUGACUAUAAUGGGCUUUAAAUAAAUAAUAAGGGAAAGUGAUGCAAUGUUAAUUUUAGACACUCUUAUUCUUCAUCAGGAUCAGUGGUUUAUUGACUUCAUAAUAUCUCGUUAGAAAUGUCGCUUUAUGUCUUGUGUCCAUGUGUGAAGUCUGACUGUUGGUGUUUUAUUGAUGUCACAUCAAGGUCAGAGUUCCCAGACGGGAGAGAAAGAGGAUUACAGAGGAGAAUGGUUUCAUAAAUCAGUCAGAUGAUCUCCUCAUGAGGCAGAAGGUGACGCUGCAAUAUGAGAUUGUCCACCAUUAACACAUGCCACUUCUGCCUACCAUCACCAUAAAACUUAUAAAAAAUAAAAAUACCACAGCCCUGAUGGAGAGGGGGAGUGUAAACACUCUUCAAAGUGCCAAUUACAGCAGGUCAAUUAAAAAGAAAAAGAGCAUCAUACCUGGACAAACCGCUUUUAACGCUUGACUUCAAUUGAAAGGCUUUUGCAGGCGUUAUAAAAGUCAGAUUUUAAUUAGUGAUUGCAAUUAAUUUCCACAAACAUAACUCUAAGGGCCGGUUUCACAGACAGGGCUUAUGCUGUGUUCAGACAGAUCGGAUUUGGGAUUUUUCCCACUUCCUUCUAGGAAAUAACGUCUGGAACGCCACUCAAAGUGUGUGAACUCGGGAUAAAUCCGACGCCAGCGAGACACGUCAUUUGAAGUCAUUUCCAAGAUGUCGGCGCGACCUGCUUCCAAUGAAUAUGAACGUAAAAACAAACUUUAAUAUUAUAUAGUAAGUUAAUGCAAUCUUACGUUAGUUUUUUGCUUUCGUGAGCUGUUUUCAAAGCGAUGUUUUAUGUUAUUUUAUUCUAUUUUGCAAUAAUUGACACAAAAACACGAUAUUCUCUCAUAGUGUCAUGGCGACAUCAUAUGGUCAA